UCCUGACGAGCCACCUACCUCAGUUCCAGCCCAUAGAGAAAUCUGGAAGAUCACAGAGCCAGCAUGGAUCCUGACAGCAAUCAACCCCUGAACAGCCUUGAUGUCACCCCCCUGCGCAAACCCCGAACUCCUCCUCUGGAGACCUUCAAAAAGGUGGGGGUCCCAAUCAUCGCAGCGAUGCUGAGCCUGGCGACCAUCAUCAUCAUGGCUGUCCUCAUCAAGGUGAUUCUGGACAAAUACUACUUCCUCUGCGGGCGGCCUCUCCACUUCAUCUUGAGAAGGCAAGUGUGUGAUGGCCAGCAGGAUUGUGCCUCUGGGGAGGACGAGCAGCACUGUGUCAAGACCUUCCCUGAUGGGUCCCCAGGGGCAGUCCGCCUCUCCAGGGACCGAUCUACCCUGCAAGUGCUGGACCCGGCCACACGGAGCUGGGCCUCUGCCUGCUUUGACAACUUCACAGAAGCUCUGGCCAAGACAGCCUGUGGGCAGAUGGGCUAUGCCAGCAAACCCACCUUCAAAGCUGUGGAGAUUGGCCCAGACCAAGAUCUGGAUGUUGUUGGAAUCACAGAAAAUGGCCAAGAGCUUCAGGUGCAAAACCUAAGUGGACCCUGUGUCUCAGGCUCCCUGGUCUCCCUGCACUGCCUUGCCUGUGGGGACAGCCUGAAGGCCCCUCGGGUAGUGGGUGGGGAGACGGCCUCUGUGGAUUCCUGGCCUUGGCAGGUCAGCAUCCAGUACAACAAACAACACAUCUGUGGAGGGAGCAUUCUGGACCCCUACUGGAUCCUCACGGCAGCCCACUGUUUCAGGAAGCAUCACGAUGUGUCCACCUGGAAGGUGAGGGCUGGCUCAGACAAACUGGGCAACUUCCCAUCCCUGCCUGUGGCCAGCAUCUUCGUCAUUGAGCUGAACACCACGUACCCAAAAGAGAAGGACAUUGCCCUCGUGAAGCUGCAGUUCCCACUCACAUUCUCCGGCACAGUCAGGCCCAUCUGCCUGCCCUUUUUUGAUGAGGAGCUCACUCCAGCCACCCCACUCUGGGUCAUCGGAUGGGGCUUUACGAAGCAAGAUGGAGGAAAGCUGUCUGACACACUGCUGCAGGCCUCAGUCCAGGUCAUUGACCAUACUCGGUGCAACGCAGAGGACGCAUACCAAGGGGAAGUUACUGAGCAGAUGCUGUGUGCCGGCAUCCUGGAGGGCGGCGUGGACACCUGCCAGGGUGACAGCGGUGGGCCCCUGAUGUAUCACUCUGACCAGUGGCAAGUGGUGGGCAUCGUGAGCUGGGGCCACGGCUGUGGGGGCCCCAGCACCCCAGGAGUAUACACCAAGGUCACAGCCUAUCUCAACUGGAUCUACAAUGUCCGGAAGUCAGAGUCAUGAUGCUGCUGCCCCUCCAUUCUCCUGGAAACAGCCUCCCCCUGUCCUGCCCACCUGGGGAUCCCAGAAGUCAGACGGAGCAAGAGCCCCCAGGGGCACACCACUCUGCCCACAGCCUCAACAUUUCUUGGUGCAGCAAAUGGCCUCCAUUCUUGUAAAAGACCUCACAGCCCAAAGGCACCCAGAAGGAAUUCAGCAGCCCCAGCUCUGCCACCCCUGGGGCUCCUGAUGUCCCUGAGAGAAAGACACAGCACACUGGACAGGCCAGCCUUCUGGCCAAGGUCUCAGAGGCAUUGCUAAGCACAAAAGAAACUUUCCCACCUUGCUGAAUGGAAGCAGACUCUCCAAUGAGAACCCAGAUCACCAAGGAUUGGACUAGAGGGAGGAAAGAGUCUAAGC